AUGGACGCGGCCCUGGCGUUUUAUUUCAAUGACUGCCUCCACCGCGGGGUGUCAUCAGAUCGCGGCGCUCAGGUCCUGGCCAGCCUGGCUCACGUUUACUUGGGCCUCCGCAGCGCGUGGAAGGUCCCGUGGCCCCGCCCCGCGCGGGCCUCAGCGACUUGGAAGCAGAGGGUGCCUGCUGGGAUGCGGCUGCCUAUGCCGAAGGCUGUGGCGAUGGCCGUCUGCUUGCUGCUGGUGGAGGCUGGCCCCCCCUGGAUGGCCGCGCGGGCGGCAUCGCUGGUGCCGGGCAAGACUGGACUGCACGCCGAGAGGGUGUGGAUCGACGCGGACCGUGGCUGA